ACGCCCCUGCGUCAGCGCGCUCAGCGCGUGCGCCGGUGGCGGGGCUGUGAGGAAAAUGGCUGCGUCUUCGAGUGGUGAGAAGGAGAAAGAGAGGCUGGGAGGCGGCUUGGGAGUGGCAAGUGGUAACAGCACACGAGAGCGGCUGCUGUCUGCGCUUGAGGAUUUGGAGGUCCUGUCUAGGGAACUUAUAGAAAUGCUGGCAAUUUCAAGAAACCAGAAGUUGUUACAGGCUGGAGAGGAAAACCAGAUUCAGAAAAUACAGAAAAAUGGAAAGAAGAGGGAAAAAAUUGCAACAGCUGUUUACCAAGCAAAGGAGAAACUCAAGUCAAUAGAAAAAGCAAGAAAAGGUGCUAUCUCCUCUGAAGAAAUAAUUAAGUAUGCACAUAGGAUCAGUGCAAGUAAUGCUGUAUGUGCUCCACUGACCUGGGUUCCAGGUAAACACACUCCUAGCUGUUCUUAUCUAUGCUUCUUUUUUUCUCCAGAUGUCCUUGCUCCACAGUAUCCAUGGCAGUCAAAUGACAUGUCGAUGAAUAUGUUACCACCAAAUCAUAGUAGUGACUUUUUGUUGGAACCUCCUGGGCAUAAUAAAGAAAAUGAAGAUGAUGUAGAGAUUAUGUCAACGGACUCCUCAAGCAGUAGUAGUGAGUCUGAUUGAAAAACCGUAAAAGACAAUAUACAGAAUUGAAUACUGUAGAAUUCCAUUUCUUUAACAGUAGCAGGGAAAUGUAAACCACGGGUGACAAAGAACAACCAGGUAAAUACUGGCUUUGGUAGAAUUGUGCAUCCAUUGAAAGUCAAAGUGAACUUGCUUUUUAAAGCCAAAGAUUAUAGUUUUAGUUUUAAGCCACUAGGUAGAUAUUUAGGGGAAUAGUCAACAUUUACUGUUGAAAAGAGAAAGCAGGUGCUAUGUGGUGUCUUACCCUGUUCUGUUCCAGUUUUGCUGGAUUUGUACAUAGCUGUUCUAGAAAUAGAGUUGAGGGAAGUGAUCCACAUACAUAUCACUAAUAGGCUUCUUGGAAUUAUUUAGAAAAGCAUUUUUAAGCUGGCAGUGGAUGACUGAAUAGGCAUCAUAUUUCUUUUUGUGUGUCAUUUAAAAGUAACAAAAACUCCCAUUUGACAGUAAAGGCUCUUGGCUUCUGUUGGAGGAAUGGGAAAUUGUCUCAAUUUGUACAUUUGUAAUUAUUGUAAUUUUUGAAAAUAAAUUUGUUUGUACAUUGUAUGCUU